AUUCUAUUGCCCAUACAAUAUCCAACUGAAACAGCAUCGGUGUCAUAUAACCUGUCUCGAGACAACAUGGCAUGGCGGGCACCUAUUAUCGGCCCUCGGCCCGUCGCGGUUCUGGUGCGGGCGUGCUUGGUCGUCGAAUUGCCACCUCUUGGGUCGCAGCAGGGUGCGAUAUUACGAUUAGAGACCCUAACGCAGACCAGCGCAAUGGUGCCCUCCAAUUUAUCAACAACAACAUUGCCAACUUUGCCGAGGUGCUCGGAGACACUAACCCAAGGCGAGGGCAGUUUGCUGCGUUUGAAGACCUGGACACUGCAGUCAAAAAUGCCUGGUUUGUAGUCGAGGCCGUUCCAGAGAAGCUCAACCUCAAGAUCUCAACAUUUGGAGAUCUGGCGCGGAAAGCGCCGAAGGACUGUAUCUUUGGUUCGAAUUCGUCAUCUUUUAAAUCACGGCUGAUGCUCGCUGAUAUGGACGUUGAGUCCAAAAAGCGUGCAUUGAAUGUCCACUGUACGAUGCCUCCUGGCAGUCGAAUUGUAGAGUUGAUGACAAGUACACAUACGUAUGAUGAGAUAUUCCCUUUCCUGGUCCAGAAGCACAAGGAGAUUGGCUUAUUGCCGGCAGUAGCACUCAGGGAAUCUACUGGCUUCAUCAUCAACCGCCUUUGGGCUGUCGUGAAAAGGAAGACUAUGUCAAUUCUCGCCGAGGGAGUAAGCGGAGAUGUUCGGGUCGAAAAUGGGUCCCUGCGCUGGAUGGAUGCAGAUGGUCUCGACACCGUAGCCUUUAUCGAGGACAAUUACAUCCAGGAGCGUGGUCUCAGUGGUAAAAACACGGCCGACUGGCUACGAAAGAACUACGUCAAUGAGGGAAAGCUAGGUGCUAAGUCUGGCCAUGGAGGCCUUUAUCUUGCUGGUUAUGCUACUAAACCUGCGACCCAGGAGCCUGGCCAUCACGACAACUUAGCCGCUCCGACGUUGUAUGCCCUUGAUCUAGGGUUGGGUGAAAAUAUCUAUGUUACCGAUGGUAAAACCGCGAGAACCUUAGUCGACGGCCUGUCUGGCCCUGACGGAACUGACAUUAGUUUCAGUGAAGGUCGGAUUUUCUGGACUAAUAUGGGAAUUCCGUCUGAAAACAAUGGAUCCCAACUAUGCAUUGAUCAUGUUAACAAGAAGCUGUAUUUCUGCGACCACGAGGGAUUGCAGGUCCACCGUGUCAACUUCGAUGGAAGCCAACAUGAAAUCAUAAUUCAGACCGGCCACUACAACAAAGCAUCUGAUAAAAAUGACCAGGCCAACAGGUGUGUGGGAAUUGCUGUUGACCCAAAGCACGGCAAGUUCUAUUGGACCCAAAAGGGCUUUAGUAAAUCUGGCAAAGGAAGAAUCCUGAGAGCCAAUAUCACCAUGCCCUCUGGUACAACCGCCACCACCCGUUCUGAUAUCGAAACACUCUUUGACAACCUGCCUGAACCGAUCGAUCUGGAGAUCGACUCUACGAAUGAAAACCUAUAUUGGACUAACCGCGGUGAAUACCCGUUCGGUAAUUCAGUCAAUCGCGGAUAUGUUGGAAGCGAGAAUAAGAAAGUCGCUGCCCUUCAAUUCACGAUUCUAACCCGGCACUUGCACGAGGCAAUUGGUCUACGUUUGGACAUGGUCAAUAAACAUAUCUAUUUUGUGGAUAUGGGUGGGUCGCUAUAUCGUUCUAAUCUGGCGGGAAAGAACAAGACAGUAAUUUACAGCGGCAGGGCUACUUUUACUAGACUUGCUUUGGCUCAUAUCAAUUAG